AUGACCUUGCCAUAUAAAAAGACAGACCAUGGCGAUCUAAUCAAUCCACCACGAGCUGACGGUGUUGAACGAUCUCCCUUUUAUGAAAAGUUUCCUCCUCCUAUCCGCAACAUGCCUCAAGGCAACGGAUUCGAUUUCCAUGUAUAUUUCUGGCAAAACAAUGCAAAAUCAGUAAAAUCAAUCAUCAAGCUCCACGACGAUUUUCGACGCGAAUUUCCUGAAAUCAGAGUCUAUAUGAUCCACUCCAAGCCCGUUGGUCCACAUACUGUCGGCAUGUUUGAGAUUAACACAUUCUCACCUUUGGAAACUGGAGUCGUCUUCUCGUGGAUGGUUGUCAAUCGUGGUGAACACAGUGUGUUGAUUCAUCCUCACACAGACGAUCCUGUACAUGAACAUAGCGUUCUCGCAACCUGGAUGGGACAACCAGUUCCAAUUGACCUUGAAAUGUUGGCCACUUUUGAAGAAUUGAUGAAGAGCGGAAAAUCCAGACCUGAAAUCGGUGAGAUCCUGGCCAAGCGCACAGAAGAUCUCAACGCUAGUCUCGACAGCCUCAAGCUCUGA